GACGGAAGUGAUGUUUAGGAAGAGGAAGUUGACCGAUGAGCAGGUGACUAUGCUUGAAUAUAGCUUCGAGAACGAGCAUAAGCUUGAGUCAGGGAGGAAAGAGAAGAUUGCGGGAGAGUUAGGUCUUGACCCGAGACAGGUGGCUGUAUGGUUCCAGAACCGCCGUGCAAGGUGGAAGAACAAGAAACUCGAGGAAGAGUACGCUAAACUCAAGAGCCAACACGACUCAGUCGUCCUCGGCCAAUGUCAGCUCGAGUCUCAGGUGCUAAAACUGACAGAACAACUGAGUGAAGCUCAGAAUGAGAUACGAAAACUUUCAGAACGACUUGUUGUCCAAGAAACAUCAACUUCAAGUUCGUCGUUUUCUGUUGAAGCCAAUGAUGCACCAACUGAUUUCGAAUUUUCACCAAUGGAUACAAUCAAUUACAACAUUCCAUUAUACAUGUUGGAUAAUAACUAUUAUUUACAAAACAUGGAGUAUUGGGAUGGUUUGUAUGUGCAAUUUUAACAGCUUAAGUAAUUUGAAGUCUUAAGGAUGAAAAACAUGUUCUAGAGGUAAUGUAGAAAUAGAUGUUGGCCACACUGUUGUAAAUGUAAUGUUUUAAGUAUCUAUUUUAAUAGUAUAGAUAUAAAAUGGUUAUUCUAGUUUCUUAUUUUUCCUCUAGUUUCAUACAUAUAAAAAUCUGAUUUAUUGGCUAAUAUACAUAAUGAAGAGAUGCCUACUUCCAAAGCAUGCAUAAUUUAACUUUCACUGUUACCAAAUUGGUCUUUAAAUCCAGAUGAAAACAGUAGGCAUACCAUUCAUUAUCUGGUGUGGGGGGCUCAGUUAUUACCGUGACAAAAGCAAAAGGAGGAGGAGUCAGCAGUAGAACGAUGUUUGGCCUUUGAGGCUGGUGUAACGUAAGAGACGACGGCGGUGAUGUCAUCAAGCUUUCCUCCUGCAUCCAGCCUCCUGAGCCGCGGCUGCGAAAGGACUCUGCCGUUUUUGGUCAACAGCUCUAGAACGUGCCAAAUCCGCAAUCUUCUGAGCCGUAGCUUUGGGGUCUAAUCCGGGCCUAACGGAACUAACAACCACAACUGUGAUCUCAUCGUUGUAGAGGUUAUCAUAGACGACACCAUCCGUUCCCGCCACAAUCACAUCUUCAGCCUCCACAUCAAUCAUGAAUACCUGAUUCACCACCAGUUAAGAGAGAAAUGCGUCCUAAUGUGGAGGAGCCCUUUGGCUGUGGUUUGAGAAUGUGCUUUCUCUAACACCAUUAACGGGUCAACAGAAGAAUCCUUCUUAGCCUGUUCUCUAAUAGCUGAUACAGAGUUCGCGUGAAAGCAAGCCAGCCAGAAGACUACGUACUUGACUUGUAGAAGAGAACCAGAAGCAGCAGACAUGAGGGCUCAUAGAGAGAGAGAGAGAGAGACCAGUUGAGAGGUUUAAUCUGGAUAGACAAAGUGGUAGUAGCUGACAUCUGAUUCUGAAUAAAAGAUAAACAUCUUCCACUGCUUUUGAAAUACCGACACACUUUAAAUUCAAAGAGCUACAUAUUACCUGGCUUUUCAGUCUUGAGAGAGAUAGGUUUUAUUAGUUUACGAUAGAACAAGUAUGUUAUUAUGUAGAUUGAUUUUA